GCCUAGUUCUGUCAACAUGACAACUGGAUGCCCCAUCUGACGCUUAUUUGACGUUGGCGAUUCAUUUUGUUAGUUGGGUGUGUAGGGAACGAGUUUGCAUUUGCGUUGUGAUCAGCUGUGAGUUGCGACGCGCACCAAGCAAGUAGCAAGUUGUUUUCGUUUUCCGAACGCGCCUACUGCGAGGACAGUGAAAAGUGGAAAACAGAUCGAUUCGCUUACAGUGGCGAACGGUUUCCGGCUGGGUCAAGUGCAUGGAAUAGCGGGGGGAAAGAGCUGUACGCGUAUAGUAUUCGGCAUAGCAGGCGCGAUUGCCCCCGUAGCUGGGGCGUUGAAUUCCUUUGUCAUCGUGCGUGGAGAUAUGGCCAUGGUGUAGGGGCAGCAGCAGCCAUUUAGAAGCUCGCUUCUUCUUGCCCGUGUUUGUCGUUGUCGUUGUUCGUCUGCUUUCGCGCCUUUGGUUUAUUGCAGUUGUUUGUUUAUCCUAUUGUGGCGCAGUUGCCCACAAUUUCCCAUCCGUGUGUGAUCUCCGCCAGUUCCGAAAGGGGAAACAAAAUGGCCUGGUCGCAAAAGCAAUUCAUAUUUGCCCUCACGAUGGUGGUGACGGGCUCGAUAAACACGCUCAGUACAAAGUGGGCUGAUAAUAUAGAGUCCGAAGGCUCGGAUGGACAGGUACGACGGUUCGAGCAUCCGUUCGUACAGGCGUGUGCAAUGUUUCUCGGCGAGUUUCUUUGUCUACUGGCAUUCAAAGCCGUUUACUAUCAUCUGCGUCGCAAGAACAAUGGUGCUGAAGAUCGGCAUGAUCUCGUACAGGGCAACCGUCAGUUCAGUCCCUUCAUCUUAUUUGUACCGGCUAUGUGCGAUAUGCUGGCGACCUCCAUUAUGUACGUCGGGCUCAAUCUGACCUACCCCUCUAGUUUUCAAUUGCUGCGAGGGUCCGUCAUCAUCUUUGUCGCUAUACUAAGUGUAGCGUUCCUGAACCGCACGCUGGUGAAGCGCGAAUGGUUCGGCAUUGCCUUUAUCAUGCUCGGUCUGGUGGUGGUCGGCAUGUCCGAUGUGCUGUCGAACGAUAAUACGGGCUCACAGUACACCCGGAACAAUGUGAUCACGGGCGAUCUGCUCAUUAUACUGGCCCAAAUUAUAACCGCGGUGCAGAUGGUGUACGAAGAGUACUAUGUGACCGCGUUGAACAUUCCGGCACUGCAAGCAGUAGGAUGGGAAGGGUUCUUCGGCUUUUCCGUGCUCGGUUCGCUCCUGCUGCCCAUGUACUUUAUCCACGUGAUGUACCCGUUCAACGGCAAUGCGCACGGAGUGCUGGAGGAUUUGCCCGAUGCGCUCGCCCAGCUGGCGAACAACUAUCAGCUAAUCAUCGCCAUCUGCGGCAUGAUCGUGUCGAUUGCGUUUUUCAACUUUGCCGGCAUUAGCGUGACGAAGGAAAUAUCCGCUACCACGCGGAUGGUGCUCGAUUCCGUGCGCACGCUUGUCGUGUGGAUGGUGUCGCUGCUGCUGGUUUGGCAAAAGUUCCACUACCUGCAGCUGAUCGGGUUCGCGGGGCUCCUGUUCGGCAUGUGCCUGUACAAUGAUAUUUUCGUGCUGCAAGCGUACCGGCGCGUCAGGGUGGCACUGUUGCUGCGCAUUGGGCGUCAGUCGGCUGAUGGGAUGAGCGAGGUGAUUAUCAACCGGCAAGCAGAUGAGCCGGACCGUUAGACUGAAAACAAAAGCAGGGGCAGCUGGUGCAGCAGGUUGUCCCGAAAAUUCGUUUCCUGUAUGUUGUGUAAUGUUGUAGCUCCUUGAGCUGGUACUCUCCGAUGUGCGUAUCAUCAUACAAAAAUAUCUCAAUCCAUAAUAACUCUUUACUGGUAGAGGAAUAAACGUGAAACCAACUGAAGCAUG